AUUCGGACCUCGGACUUCAUUGCAUCGCAUCCCUUACGCAUUCCAUACCCUGAAUGCUGAUACCUCCCGACGACAUACCCGACGGCGUUCACGAUGCCGCCACCUGACUUAUUCCUCACAGUAUCUCCCCCUGCUGCUCUCCUCGCUGUCGACAUACAUAUCUCAUCUCUCUACGCAUCCUCAUACUCAAUUGCAUCACUGUUGUCUCCGUCGCUGGGAUAUCUCGUCUGGACCCCCGCCAGCAUCGCGCCCGGCGCAAUCCACAUCAUCGUCAUGGCUCCUCUCCACUGAUCCGCCCUACCCUACCCGUCCUAUCAUCCGCUACCUCAAUCCACCGCUAAUCGCGUUCGCGCUCCGCGACACAGC